UAGAGGGUAGUGAGUGGCGGCGCUCGAUGGUGCUGCUGAAGUUUUCAAGAUGUCGUCGCUGGAGCAGAGACUCUCCCGAAUCGAGGAGAAACUCAAGCAGGAAAAUAAAGAAGCUCGCAAACGAAUCGACCUGAACAUCGACGUGAGCCCGCACCGGUCGCGUCCUAGGCCAAUCAUCGUGAUCCAGCUAAGUCCAGCUCCAGCCCCCUCCCAACGCGCAGCUCUGCAGUUACCGCUGGCCAAUGAUGGAAGUCGCUCAUCCUCUUCAGAAAGUUCUCCUCAACACCCCUCGUACCCCAGCAGACCCCGACAAAUGCUCACGCUUCCCACCCCACCAUACUGCGUACAGAAGAGCCUUGAAAAUGCUGAAAUCGAUCAGAAGCUGCAGGAGAUAAUGAAACAAACUGGUUACCUGAAGAUUGACGGACAGCGUUACCCAGCAGAGGUGACGGAUCUGAUCAGUGAGGGCGAGAUCGGCAGUGGAACCUGUGGGCAGGUCUUCAAAGUUCGCUUUAAAAAGACUGCCCAUGUCAUCGCUGUCAAGCAAAUGAGAAGGACGGGUAAUAAAGACGAGAAUAAGAGAAUCCUCAUGGAUCUGGACGUUGUAUUGAAGAGUCAUGACUGUCCAUACAUCAUCCAGUGUUAUGGAGCUAUAGUCACUAAUACGGAUGUGUUCAUAGCCAUGGAGUUAAUGGGGACAUGCGCAGAAAAGCUAAAGAAGAGGAUCCAAGGGCCCAUACCAGAGGCUAUUCUGGGAAAGAUGACUGUGGCUAUCGUGAAAGCCCUGCUGUACCUAAAAGAGAAACACGGUGUGAUUCAUCGAGACGUGAAGCCAUCAAAUAUCUUGUUGGAUGACAAAGGCCAAAUCAAACUGUGUGAUUUUGGCAUUAGCGGGCGAUUGGUGGAUUCUAAAGCCAAGACUCGCAGUGCCGGGUGUGCUGCGUACAUGGCGCCUGAGAGAAUAGACCCUCCAGACCCCAGUAAGCCAGACUAUGACAUCAGAGCUGACGUCUGGAGUCUUGGCAUUUCUCUGGUGGAGCUAGCCACGGGACAGUUUCCUUAUAAGAACUGCAAGACAGACUUUGAGGUUUUGACCAAAGUUCUUCAAGAGGACCCACCGGUCCUUCCUCUUGGCAUGGGCUUUUCUCCAGACUUUCAGUCCUUCGUUAAAGACUGUCUCACAAAGGAUCACAGAAAAAGGCCAAAAUACCACAAGCUGCUUGAACACAGUUUUAUCAGACGCUAUGAGGUAUCGGAGGUAGACGUGGCAGGCUGGUUCCAGACGGUGAUGGAGCGCACCGAGUCUCCACGCAGCAGCCAGUGCUUCAGUCAUCACCAGCUUCACUCUCUCUUCAGCAGGUAGCCAGACGGAGAAAGAGAGAGAGAGCGAGAGAGAGAAUGAUGCAAUAUUGCGAGGUUGAUUUAGAGACAUGGAUGGACAGGUUUUAAAUGUAAAUUUCGGAAUGGAAGGAGCAUUGAAAAUGGACAGAUUGUAAAAGACGAAAUCACUGAAACGAAAGAAUGUUCGUUUGGGAGUUUGACCGAUCGACAGACAAUCCUAAGCAGGUUCGAUGUAAAUUUGAAAUCCGUUCGUGUUUCGUCG